GGCGAAUGGUAGGUACGCUCCUGAUGGGGAGUUUGCAACUGCGUAUUCAAGCGAACUACUUCAUGCAGUCAAAUUUGUAGAAGCAGAUUAAAAAGGCGUAGAGGUUUAAGCGAAAGGGAAAAUAUCGACGGGGCUGGUGGGGUAUAUCGUGCCAGCAGUGAUUUUUCCUACAAUAUUCCGACGUUCACCACGGAAUAAAGGAAAUUUCGUAUCCCAAACGCCUUCGUGGCACGUAGGAAACGUCAAGACGUCACUAAAUAUCAUCAGGCGACUGUGCGCAGGGGGAACAGGAAAGCGUUGUUAAACUAAAGAGACGUAAAGAAGCCACGGGUGACAUGGCGUCGGCGGUGACGCUGGUAAUGGGGAAGAGCGAUUUUGUGGUGGCUGGAAAAUAUCGACUCUUGAGGAAAAUCGGUUCGGGUUCUUUUGGCGAUAUUUAUCUUGGUAUCAACAUCGCUAAUGGCGAGGAAGUUGCUGUUAAAUUAGAAAAUGUGCGUGCACGACACCCUCAAUUGCUAUACGAAUCAAAAUUAUACAAAAUAUUACAUGGUGGUAUAGGAAUACCGCAUAUACGUUGGUAUGGAACGGAACGCGAAUACAAUGUCCUCGUUAUGGAUCUCUUGGGACCAUCCCUAGAAGAUCUUUUUACUUUUUGCUCUCGAAGGUUUACAAUUAAAACGGUUUUAAUGUUGGCAGACCAGAUGAUUGGCAGAAUCGAAUUUGUUCAUUGUAAACACUUCAUUCACAGAGAUAUAAAACCAGAUAAUUUUUUAAUGGGCAUCGGCCGUCAUUGUAAUAAGCUGUUUCUCAUUGAUUUUGGACUAGCUAAGAAAUAUAGAGAUAGCCACUCGAGAUUGCAUAUAGUCUAUCGAGAAGAUAAAAAUUUAACAGGCACGGCAAGGUAUGCCUCCAUCAAUGCUCAUUUAGGCAUUGAACAAAGUCGUCGGGACGACAUGGAAUCGCUUGGAUAUGUACUUAUGUACUUUAAUCGGGGAUCAUUGCCUUGGCAAGGUCUAAAAGCUGCAACUAAAAAACAAAAGUAUGAAAAAAUCAGUGAAAAGAAAAUGUCCACGCCCGUAGAAGUUUUAUGCAAGGGAUUUCCUGCUGAGUUUGCGAUGUAUCUAAAUUAUACACGAGGAUUACGUUUCGAAGAGAGCCCAGAUUAUAUGUAUUUACGUCAGCUUUUCCGUAUACUUUUCCGUACGUUAAAUCAUCAGUACGACUAUACAUUUGACUGGACAAUGUUAAAGCAGAAAGUAACAAGCACGUGCGUGAGUCUCAAUGGCGGUACAUCUGGAAAUACACACGGUCGAGUUGGAGAAACCAUUCAAACGCAAGUACAAGGUGGAGUUCAGCCAUCUGCUAAAUCUAACGCUCCAGCAGGAGGACGUUAAAGCUGUGGCAUUUAACUAUCGUCAACCCCACUUAUGAUCAGAAGUAUCUCAAACAAGGUGAACAAGUUGAUCAAAAUUUUUGUCCGAAGAGUUAUAUCAAGCGGUUCUCCAGUCCAGGAAGAGAGAAAGCUAAUGACCGCGGCGGAACUUCGGAGUUUAUAAAAGUGAAAAAAUAUAUAUAAUGCACGAUUAUGGAUGAGAAAAGAACAAAACAUUAUAAUGAUUUAACCCUUUUAGACUUGUUGGUAUUAUGCAUCUACCAUCAAGGUGAUUUUUUAUUUAUUAUUUUUUUCCUUCAUUCGAUUAUUCUUAUGUAGAAAAUGUAAAAAAAAAAAAGAAACAAAGAAGUAUGCUUUCAAAGGGUUAAGUACUUAGAUUUUCGAUGAAACCAUCUCUUUCUCUUCGAGUUAAGCAUCCAUAGAAAAUUGACUAAACGUGGCUUGUCCCAUUAUUUUGAUAACUGGUUUAUUUCAUUGAUUAUCAUUACAAUAAAGAUAUUGAUUACCCGAAGAUCUUGUUAGAAAGUGCACAUAUAUAAUAUGAGAAUCCAAUGCAUUCUUUUCGAGGAAAGAAGGAGAGAACAUCUUUUAUGAGACCACAUUUGAAUGAUCGCUCGAGUAAAUCGUUAUAAAAAUUUUGUAUUUACUCUACAAAUAGAAAACAAAUACAAAAAUAGCUGAAAAUUUAUUUUGCAAAAUCACAAAAGCAUUACUUUGUGUACUGAAAAAUAAGUACAGAAAUUGCUUCCUAUAUUUUUUUUUUGUUCCCAAUAUGUAAUACGAAUAUAGUGUGAAUGGGCUUUUGCGAGAAAUGUUAAUAUUUUUCUUACCUCAAAUAAUAUGUCAAUAAAAUUGUACUAAAAUACAUUAAUAUUAAGACAACAAUAGUUGCAUAUUUUCUUGAGAUAUGCUAUACGAUUUCAAUUAGAGGCAAAACAAAAGGAUAUUAACUUUGUCUAAUAUUAUUAUAGUUAGCUCUCUUUCUUUCUGUCAUCGGCGUAUUUGAUCGAAAGCAACAGUGAUAUAUAAUGGUAUUACUGAAAAAAGAAUGUUAUUUGUUGUAGACUUGUUGCAGAUUCAAUUAUUAGUCUGCCUGGAUUAAAUUAGAAAUAUUAAGUUUGUAAUCGUAUUAUUCAUUUAAUAUUUUUUUCUAGACAACGAAGAAAAAUAAGAGAUGAUUAAUUUCUUGCAUAGUUUUAUGUGGAUGAAUCUAUGCAAUUAUAGUUUAUGUUUACUAUUAUAACAUAAGCUUUGCAUUAUAUAACUUUAAUUUACUAUUCAUCAAAUAACUAUCGACUUGAAUUGAUCGUUAUCGUUGGUGAAUUGGUCUUUUUUUUAGUUUUCAUAAAAUUGCCUGAUACAAAAUUCUACGGCAUACAAUAGAUAAUCGAUCGUUAGAAUCUGGAAACGGUCAUUAUUACGUUUCUAUUAUAGAUCCUUAUUUCAAAAAUAAGAUACUUGGAUAUUCUUAAAACGUCGCAAUAUUCAUAGAUAAUAAUAAAUUCGAAAUAUUUGUUUUUUUUUUUCGUUUACGUUAACUAAAAUCAUAUUUCAAACACUAUGGUUUAAUUUUUAAAAUAUAUAUCCUGACGAUUGCCUUUGACAAAAUUGUAAUCAUAUAUCAUCAUUGAUACCAGUGUUAUCGUGUCUUCGAGGUGGAAGAAACUUUAAAAAAUAGCUAAUAUUAUCGUGACUCGCGAUGCGAAAACAACGUUAGUUGCAUAUAUAGAUUAUAUUGUUCCAUUACCUGUGGGAAAUCCAAUACAAAUGGGCAAAAAACAUUAAUCAUCAUUAAGUGAGAAUGUGCAUAAUUAUUACUGAAAAAACUAAAUGUGUAUGAUUAAUCAUUAGUGGGAGGUAUAAAUGAAAUCAAUAGUGUGUAUGGUUAUAAAACAAGAAAACGAAUGCGCGAAUGUGUAAGUUAAUAAAUAAAUAAUGAUAUAUGCA